UUGAAGCUACUAGAACCUAGGUAUAUAGAUAUUCAUUCAUCCAAAGCUGCUGAAAUCAAUCACCCUGAUUAACGCCAUGGACGCCGCUAAACUAGAGCAACUAAAAGUCUUCAUCAGUCGCUGCAAAUCUGAGCCAUCUCUUCUCAGCGAUCCUUCUCUCUCCUUCUUCCGCGAUUAUCUCGAAAGUCUCGGAGCUAAUCUUCCAGCAUCUGCUUACAAAUCUGAUUCACAAUCCAAGUCUUAUGUGGUGGAAGAGAGUGAUGAAGAUAUAGAAGAACCUCAAGAGGAGGAAGAAGAGGAGAUCGUGGAAUCCGACAUUGAAUUUGAAGGGGAAACUGUUGAGCCUGAUAAUGAUCCUCCACAAAAGAUGGGAGAUUCAUCAGUGGAAGUUUCUGAAGAAAACCGUGAUGCUGCUCAAGAAGCAAAAGGAAAGGGAAUGGAAGCAAUUUCUGAUGGGAAGCUAGAGGAAGCAAUUGAGCAUCUUACAGAGGCAAUAUUGCUCAACCCUACUUCUGCUAUCAUGUAUGCAACUAGAGCUACUGUUUAUAUCAAAAUGAAGAAACCAAAUGCUGCCAUUCGGGAUGCUGAUGCUGCUCUGAAGAUAAAUCCGGAUUCUGCUAAAGGCUACAAAACACGUGGAAUUGCUCGAUCAAUGCUUGGCCAGUGGGAAGAGGCUGCAAAGGAUCUUCAUGUAGCAUCAAAUAUUGAUUUCGAUGAAGAAAUAAGUGCCAUCCUUAAGAAGGUUGAACCCAAUGCACAUAAAAUUGUGGAACACCGUAGAAAAUAUGAUAAGCUUAGGAAAGAGCGAGAGGAGAGGAAAACCGAACGCGAGAGACAAAGUCGCCGGGCAGAAGCCAAGGCUGCAUAUGAGAAGGCCAAAAAAGAAGAAAAAGCAUCUUCAAGUGAAAGAGCUGGAGGAAUGCCAGGUGGUUUUCCUGGUGGUUUCCCAGGUGGAAUGCCAGGUGGGUUCCCAGGUGGUAUGCCAGCAGGUAUGGGUGGUGGCAUGCCGGGUAUGGGAGGUGGUAUGCCAGCAGGUAUGGGAGGUGGUAUGCCGGGUAUGGGAGGCAGUAUGCCAGCAGGUAUGGGAGGUGGCAUGCCGGGUAUGGGAGGAGGAAUGCCAGGCGGUAUUGACUACAGUAAAAUCUUGAAUGACCCUGAGUUAAUGGCAGCGUUCCAAGAUCCUGAAGUAAUGGCUGCACUGCAAGAUGUGAUGAAAAACCCGGCUAAUCUAGCCAAGCACCAGGCAAACCCAAAGGUUGCACCACUUAUUGCAAAAAUGAUGAGCAAAUUUGGUGGACCCAAAUGAGGCAGAGUGAUUUAGUAGAGGUUUUAACUUGAACUUGCCAAUCGGAAGGUUCUACGGUACAAAUCUAUCUGUGUUGGGGUUGCGGGUUGUGUAUUUCUGAAUGAAUGUUACUGUUUUUCUUGAGUUGCAUUAACAUCGUAGAUGGUUCUUUUGAUUGGAUACACUUUUGAAUAUCGUCUUAUUUUUAUUAGGCUUUUUUUUAUGUGUA